AUGGAGACGCGUCUUUUGCCAGUGCGCGUCCUCUACACUAUUAAUAACAAUCCGCAAUAUAUUCUCGCUCGCUCGUCCCAGCCGGUUGCUGUCACUCUCAUUCCUACGAAAUAUGCAAAGUCUCUCAGUCCUAACCUUUCCGACCUUCCUACUGCGGCGGGUUUAUAUUACGGGAAAGCUCCCUUAAAGGCAUGCCUGGAGGCCAUCUGUGCAUCGAGUCCGGAACUUAUACCUAGUGCAGCCCGCGACUUUUCUGUCUAUCUGCUUGAUCCUCUCGAAUCUGCCCCUCCCGGUACUACAGGCGAGAAGACUAGUUCCGCAGUUGCCGUAGGCUAUGGAUGGAUAUCUACAUGUCUUCAAGAUUCCCAGUCUCAUUCGAAAGUCACCGGUACAUUUUUGGGCGAUGGCAUUCGCGAAGACGCUCUCGAAGUUAUUUUUGCUAUCAACGAAAGCCAGCGCAUUCCCUCUUCUACUCUUCUCGCGACAUCCACCUCUACCCCAGCUUCUAUGUCCACCGUGAGGGUUCCUUCAACCAAGAAGUGGACUCCUCCAGACACGAGCAAGCCUGUCUUUACAACUGAGCCACUACCACUACGUCCUCAUGUCUACGCAUCUAGUGUAGCUAGCUUCCAGAAUUCCUUGGGAUCGACUUCCUCAUUGCGGACAGGUGCAUUGAAACAGGAAGCAUCGGGCCGUCAAACGCAGAGUCUCAAAGGGAGUACAUCUUUACAAGUGCAAGAGACCUCCUCCGCUUUCGCGGCACCAGUUCAUCCUCCGUCGCCAAGUACUUCCCAAUCCAAUGUCACAGCCACGGAAGCCAAUUCCACCCCUACAGAAGCGCUUCACGCGCUGCUAUUCGCACUGGCCAACUCGCAGGGAAAGAAUGCAGAGUUGCUAGCUGCGCUUGCUGCUAUCGACUCUGCCCAGAGUCAGAAUGCUGGUGAGCCUAGCCCCGUUCUCGUAGACGCUUUGAGUCGGUUGUUUGGCGCGGCCGCAAUGCAAUCCACCUCGAGCGCAGAACUUAAACAAUCUGGUACAUCAUCGUUGCCGAAUGUCACGAGUAAUUCGUCCGUGUCCUCAAUGCUCCCCAUGCCUGGAUACCCAAUGAAUGGCCAGAUCUUGCAUUAUGCUCCUCCCCUCUCGUAUCAGUCUUCUGGCAGUGGGUACGUGGGUGCUGCCCCUCCACCACACACAUUCACAUUCCAGCAUUCGCAUCCUCAUGUGUUGCAUGCUCUCGGGCAUGCUUACCAGUGUGUAAAUGAAAGUGUUUCUCCGAGCAAACAUGCGGGUGAGCCGGAACACGAUGAUGAAAUUGUGAUACUGGACAAGGAAAACGUCGACCCGGACGCUUUUCGACGGCGAAGAACCUCGGUGGAGAAAAACAAAGGCAAGGAACGCGCAAAAGAGCAACAAGACGAUAGAACGGCUCGAUUGUCUGCGACGACUCCCAUGACACCUGACGCCGUACAACACUACCGGGACCAUACAAAUUAUGCAAAUCCCCUGUUCCCCCCCGUACCAAAUUCCGCCAGUGUACGGCGCGGGUCAAACGCAAAUAUGGCCACCGACGUAGAAACGAAGGCGAGAAAGAAGGCGACGUUGGCGGCUCCCCAAGGCCUAUCGCGCAAGCGUACACUGAGUGAAUUCAUGGAGGAACGGGACCGAGAUCGUGAUCGUCAGCGAGAGUCCGGAUGGAAACGUGGUACCGAUCCCAACGUUGGUCGGGUCAGCUCGCGACCACAUCUGGGGAUCCACAACGUGAACACUGUAAGUGCACAUGCCAUGUCUGACCCCGGCAUAGAGCUACCAUUGGAUUCGGAAUCUGGGCGAUAUGCGUACAUCAUCCCUGCAUCUUCCCCCCCUCGGCGGUCAUCAAAAGGAAAGGAGAAGGCAGCGGAUGAAGAGAGUCCUUCGAAAAGGAAGAGGAGAAAACCUUAUGUUGUUCCAGAGUGGGCGAAGACAGUGACGGCGAUGCUCCCACGAUUAUCAGAAGAUAUGCAGGCGCAAGAUGGUAGUGAUCAUGAUAAGGGGAAACGAAAACAUCGCAAGCUACCCUCGCAGAGAACUGCGAGGAAGAGGAAUUCGACGACCGGUGUGGAGGGAUCUUCGUCUAGCGUCUCUAGAACGGGCGGAGGUAUGAGUGCUUCAACACCAGUACCGCAGGCUUUGCUGCCUCCAUUAUCUAUCUCCUUGAAACCCAACCGAGAAAAUAGAGACGGGACGCCAGAAAGGGCGCUGCCAAGGCCUAUUAUGGCGCAUACAUCUGAACUCGUGAUUUUCUCUUCACCGUCGACGUCACGCUUACAGCCAUCAAAUUCGUCAUCUCUUAUUCCAUCAUCCGAUGGACUACUAGAUGUGCCUUCAACUCCCAAGCGUUCACGACGCACAUCGCCGAGUGACGGUGAAGACGAUGGUUCGCCGCUGUUUACUCCAGAAGCAAAAACAUCGUCACGGACACCGAAGUUGCCGAGUCUCUACAAAACAUACGCACCACUAUUGUCGCCACUUCGCUCAUACGAAAGCAGCAGCAGGUGGCCAAGGCUGUCAAGCGGGCGAAAAACUCAGCGCGUAACGGGGUUACCAUCCGAAUCUUCCACCACGAAGGCAACAUGUGCAAGAAGAAAGUCUAAAUAUGACGACCCUUUUUUUCUUGAUGACGACGGGGAUGCACCAUCUAGCUCCCUGCCGAUAGCGAGCAGUGAUGUAGAUUGCUCGAAUUUUGAUCACGACACAUUCAUCAGCCCGAGACAGCACUGGUCGGAAGAUCUCCCGCCAUCUUCACCACUCCCUCCUUCUAGUCCAUUAUUAUCACCUGAAGGUGAGAGGGAGGCCGACUCAGCGCACGGGAACAAACAUUAUGUUGCGGAAUCGGGUGAACCUUCACUAAUAGAGGCCAACAAGAAUUUCACACCCACACGGGACGCGCCUUCAUUUACCCCAUCGAGUCGAGGUUUACAUCCCCCACUUCAUCCCCACUUGCCGCUAGCACCUGAUUUUGGGAUACACACGUCGCAGUCGCUCUCGCUGCCCGACACCGAUCUCUCCGGCUUGUCGUCUAUAUCUGACUUCGACUUGUCAUCUCUGUCAGAUUUCGAUUUGUCAUCUAUAACCUCUAUGCCGACCGUGUCGCCUCUUUCAACUACAUCGCCCAUAUCGACGGUGUCUGAUGUCACCCUCACGAUACCCGACUUCGUUAACCUUUCAGGCGGACCGUCCCUCGACCCGAAGGCUGUUCACAAUCAGUUAAUUCCUCCUACCAGUGAUGUCGGAACGGAUCCUCCUUUGGAAAAUGUUCAUCUCGGUGAUUUGGAUGCUUUCCUCAAUGAUACAUCCUUACACGAUGGACUGGCGGGCAUGGACUUCGGUGAAUUCUGGGAAUCGAUGAGGCCCCUCAUCAACGAAGGCCCGAAUAAUGCUCAGCUUCCUCAGGGCGGGCCACAUACAAGCGAAACAGAAGGAACACAUGAGGUCGAUGCAACGAAGCUUGCGGAGGACAUGCGGUCCCUAUUAAGUGGAUUUUUGGCCUAG